CCACCGCUCCCGCCGCCGCCGCCGCCGCCGAGGUGACUGAGGGGAGAGGCGCCCGCCUCCUCGCUCCCGCCGCCGCCGGACUUCAAUGCCCAGUCCCCAGCUCGCCAGCGGUUUUCGUUGGAAUACACGUUGCCCAUUUAUGGCGAUUCUGAGCGUGAGGGCAGACUUCUGCCAGGCUCAGCACAGCGUUUGCGCUGACAAGUGAGCUUGGGGGCUCCAUGUGCCAUAGUUAACGUUGCCUUGAAGACUCUGAACAUCAAGACUGGCCUCAGAAGAGUUGCAUUUUUUUUUUUAAUUGCAAGCAUAUUUCUUUUAAUGACUCCAGUAAAAUUAAACAUCAAGUAAACAAAAGUGGAAAACAACCCACUCUUAGCUUGUCUCAUUAGUGCCUAAAUGUAGAAAAGGCUGCUGGCGUUUUAUAUGUAGUUGAUUUUUUUUUCUUUUUCUUUCUUUUCUUUUCUUUUCUUUUCUUUUUUUUUUUUUUUUUUGGAGUUGGAAGGUAUCCAUCUGCAGACAUUGAGGCCCAAGUUGAAUCUGGAUUCUUACCUUGAAGAGAGAAGCUUCAUAAGAAACAAGUUGAAUAGAGGAAACACUGAUAGUAGGCAUUGUAGUGGUCUUUUUAAUGUUUUCUGCUGUGAAACAUUUCAAGAUUUACUGAAUUUUUUUUUUUUUUCAUUUUUCCCAUCACACUCACACACACGCACGCUCACACUUUUUAUUUGCCAUAAUGAACCGUCCAGCCCCUGUGGAGAUCUCCUAUGAAAACAUGCGUUUUCUGAUAACUCAUAAUCCUACCAAUGCUACUCUCAACAAGUUCACUGAGGAACUUAAGAAAUACGGAGUGACAACUUUGGUCCGAGUGUGUGAUGCCACGUAUGACAAAGCUCCAGUUGAAAAAGAAGGAAUCCACGUUCUAGAUUGGCCAUUUGAUGAUGGAGCUCCACCCCCUAAUCAAAUAGUAGAUGAUUGGCUAAACCUGUUAAAAAGCAAAUUUCGUGAAGAGCCAGGUUGCUGUGUUGCAGUGCAUUGUGUUGCAGGAUUGGGAAGGGCACCUGUGCUAGUUGCACUUGCUUUGAUUGAAUGUGGAAUGAAGUAUGAAGAUGCAGUUCAGUUUAUAAGACAAAAAAGAAGGGGAGCAUUCAAUUCCAAACAACUGCUUUACCUGGAGAAAUACCGACCUAAGAUGCGACUACGCUUCAGAGACACCAAUGGGCAUUGCUGUAUUCAGUAGAGAGAAAUGUAAACAAAAGCUGACUUGAUUGUGGCAUUUAGAGGGAACUCUUGCUACCUGGAAAUGUGAAUCUGGAAUCUGACCUGUGUCAUCAAAGUAGUGAUGAAUUCGGUCCUCCGCCACCAUUUUAAUGAUUGAAAAGUAGCAAAUGAAAAAGAAAUCCCUCUAUAACGUGAAUAAAAUGUUUAAGAAAGAGAAAAAAGGGAUUAAUUUAGUGAAGGAUGAUUUUGCUCCUAGUUUUGGAGUUUAAAUUUCUACCGGGAUUGAAUGAUUUUAAAAUUUCCUUUUUUAACUUUUCAAAAUAGGUCUUUAAGGAAAGCCAGCAGAUUAGCCUGUGCGGCACCAUCUGGCUGGGGAGCGUACUCUCCUGUUUGGCUUGGCGCAUAGUCUGCCCUGGUGGGGUUUUAGGAGCAAGAAGAGAUGUAUUUCCUUUCUUCUUCGCUCUCUCCCUCAUUUUACCCUGAUACAAGUGGCAGAUGGACUAAGAGAAGCCCUUGUGCUGUAGAUGUAUGUGCAGUCUGGCAGCCUUAAGCCCACCUGGGCACUUUGGUGUUGGGGGUGGAGCAGGUGGCUUUUAGUUUUCACUGAUGAUGGGGUGUUCAUGUUCAUUUCUUUUCCUCAAAACCCUGUCUAACAUUGGGCAAAGUAGCCCAGACCUUCUAUUUUGGUAAAUUAGUGGGGAAAUGGCAUUUUAAGAGGAGUCUGUCAAAGAACUUAGCUGAGAAUUGAGUUCUUCUCUUUCCUAACCAAUGAAGCCAAGUGGGUGUCUCAGAAACUGCGGGCUGUCGCUUGGGAUGGGGUCCCAGCAGAGAGCCAGCACCCUUUCUGCACUCUAUGGAAUUGUGGACCGUAGUGCUCCUUGGAUUUUCUAAUGAAGUGAGAAUUUUGGUCAUUCGAAAUUUUUAUUUUAGGGUAAAUUUGUACUCUGAAAUUUCAGAAAUGGUUAAAAGAGCAAUAGCAAAUUCACAGUAUUCUGGGCUUGAGAAAUGCCUGCGGUAGGUGUUUUUCCAAGUUGCCACCCCUCUGUACCAUUCAGUUUAACCACUGAUUGCCUUGUUACUUUACUAGGUUUUUGAAACCAGCAAUGCCUGAUGAGUGUGUGUCACGGGCUGUAGCAGAGACAGUGAGCAGCUCAGUUAGGGUCAGAGGGCUCGUGUUCCUCAGGGAGUGGCAUAAUCGUAGCAUCUGUAUAGUUUUUGCCGGUUUCCGUGUGCUGAUCUAGAGACUGUCUCUGUUCCUCCACAGAAGGCAGUUGUGACCAGGCUGCUUUGACGAAGCAGGUGGAAGGGCACUAGCAGGCUUUUCUGAGCUCCUUGCUGCAGUGGUACAUGCUUUCCAAUGUCCUGCUUCCAAGGCUCUGAAUACAAGUUGUCUUGCCCACUGUUACUUGCUGUGCACAGCCAUAGCUGCCCAUUUCCUUAGCAUCCCCUCGGCCAGUAGCAGUGGGCCGGGAUUUUGUCUCACCUGACAGUACCUCAGACGUUGGCCUACUCUGUGAACUGCCUGUUUCCUGAUGCCAGAGUUGCUUUAAUUUUUAAUUAAAUGUAAAAAAAGUUCUCUUCUUUGCCAUCCCAGAAAAUAAACCAAAAUCAUGCUUUCUGAAAUUGUUUCUAGAAUUCUAAGGACGAAAUAAUGGUACUUUCCAAAUUUCAGAACAUGACAAUAGAUGCCUUUAACAUAGACUCAAUAUCCAAAAUAGCAUACCUUGUAAGUUCAGAUAGACUGACUCCAAGGAUUUGAUUGAUUUGAUCCCAUAACAAACCUUUUCCCGUUUUUAUGCUAUAAAUAUUUGGGGGGUGUGUGUAUGUGGGGGGGGGUGUGCGUGUGUGCACAGUGUCCAACAGUAUCAGUGCCUGCCUGGGUUAGGAAAACUAAUAUUCCUGGUUCUGUGUGAGAAGAAGAGUGUAUAAAGCAACAUGAAACAUUAGCCCUCGUUUUGUUUUAAAUUACAGACUAAUGUUAAUUGUUCUCAGAACUGGAUUUUUUUUUUCUUGAAAAUUGAACCAAGUUUUUCUUUUGGAUUUAAUGAGGCAUUGCUAGCUGAAGCCAGUCUGACAUGGUAGGAGAGACGUCAGACUAAUGAACGGUGUGCGCCUGAUUUAAAACCAAACCCUGAACCCUUUUAAAGAACAAUAAAACGUAUUUUACAUGC